CAUUUCGCUCAUCCCACACCCAGCCACCCUUAGCUAUUCUUCUUCUCCCCUCCUCCUUCAUCAAGCUUUCUCUCCUCAUUUCUAUCAAUUGAUCUUUAGUCUACUCAUUUCUUUCUAUUGAGCUUCAAAAUGGCCACUGGUUUGAUUGGAAGAGCGAUCAUGAAGAAGUCGGCGGCGAUUACGGCGAUGCCGAGGUUGAUUCCGGCGCGAUGGCACGCGUCGGAGGCGGAGGCGCAGUUGAAGGAGCCGAAGGCGAGUAGCGGAACGAACAUGAAGACCUUCCAAAUCUAUCGGUGGAGCCCUGAUAAUCCGGGUAAGCCGGAGCUGCAGGACUACCAGAUCGACCUGAAGGAGUGUGGGCCGAUGGUGCUCGAUGCUUUGAUCAAGAUUAAAAAUGAGAUCGAUCCUACCCUAACCUUCCGUCGGUCUUGCCGCGAGGGAAUCUGCGGGUCCUGUGCUAUGAAUAUUGACGGCUGUAAUGGCCUUGCAUGCCUCACGAAGAUCCCCUCGGGUGCUUCCUCGACUAUUACCCCCUUGCCGCACAUGUUCGUCAUCAAGGAUCUCGUUGUUGACAUGACGAAUUUCUAUAAUCAGUACAAGAGUAUUGAACCCUGGCUGAAGAGGAAGAGCUCGCCUCCGGUUCCGGGGAAGGAGAUUCUGCAGAGCAAGAAAGAUAGAGCUAAGCUUGAUGGGAUGUACGAGUGUAUUCUUUGUGCUUGCUGUAGCACAUCGUGCCCUAGUUACUGGUGGAAUCCUGAAUCUUACCUGGGCCCUGCCGCCUUGCUCCAUGCCAAUACGUGGAUAAGUGAUAGCCGUGAUGAGUAUACCAAGGAGCGACUAGAGGCAAUAAACCACGAGUUUAAGCUCUACAGAUGUCAUACCAUAUUGAACUGUGCUCGUGCAUGUCCAAAGGGUUUGAACCCCGGAAAACAGAUAACACAUAUCAAGCAGCUCCAGCUGACAGGCAGUGCCUAAGUUUCAUUUAUCUGGAAGUUCUGGAGUAGUUUCUAAGAACUCGUUAGUCGUGUAAUAAUGUGCAUGCCAAUUGCAUUUCUCCAUACUUCUGUAAUUUUGGUGCAGAAGCAUGUGUUUCUAUUUUCUCAAACAAAAAUUUCUUGGGUAUAUUUAUGGGUUAUGGUUUUCCUAUUUUGAGUAGAUGCAAGUAAAUAUGUUGCGUUUUA